ACAGCUAGACUUGCUUGUGAAUGGCGACAUUACCGCCAGCAGGCCGAGCCGCCCUGCCCCCAGCAGCCCCCCACCUCCCAGGCCGAGGCGUACGGCCAGGUCCCCAAGACGCACCGCGUCAUGACCCUGGCAGACCACAUUUCGCACAUCAUCACCCAGGACUUUGCCAGGAACCAGGACGGCCCCCAGGCGCCGCCCGCCACCUCCUCCUCCCCCGGAACAUUCCAGAGCUCGGCCCCCGCGGCCCUGAGCGCCGGGCCCGGGCGCGCCAAGCUGCCCAGCCGCUACAGCCCCGAGUCGCAAGGGCAGCUGCCGCAGGCCCAGGCCCCGCACCACCCCCGACCGUCCAGCAGGGUGUCGCCCGAAAACGCCUCCGACAAGCCCCGAGCGAGGUACUGCACCCUGUCCCUCCAGUUGGCAGCACAGACCCAGUCCGAUGUGCUUACUCCGCGUGCGACGCGCCGGCCCGCCGCGAGCGGAAACGCCGAGCGGCACGCGCAGGACUCAGCAGCGCCCCCUUUCUCCCGUCACAGGAACGACUCCCGCUCCCCGGGGAGCGUGAGCUACCAGCCCUCCUUCUUUACUAGACUGGAGAACACCUCCCCAAUGGUGAAAUCCAAGAAGCAGGAGAUAUUUCGUAAGUUGAACUCCUCUGGUGGCGGUGACUCGGACGUGGCAAGCGCACAGCCUGGCACUGAAAUAUUUAACUUGCCUGCAGUAACUAGCUCAAGUAGCAUCAGCUCCAGGAAUCCCUCCUUCGGGGAUCCAGCCAGUAACCUGGGCCUGGAGGACAUCAUUCGCAAAGCGCUGAUGGGCAACUUUGAGGACAAGCAUGACGAUCACCAGGGAAGCGGCUCCCAGCCCAAUAGCAUGGAGCGGCAAGAGGCUAGCCCCUCCCCCAACACAGGCAUGUCAGCCGGCAAGCAGAAGCUGUUGGGCAAAGCCAACAGCCGGAAGUCCAAGUCCCCGAACCCGGGGCAGGGGUACGCCGGGGGAGAGCGCCCGUCGUCCGUGUCGUCCGUGCACUCGGAGGGGGACUACCACCGCCAGGCCCCGGCCUGGACCUGGGAGGACCGGCCGUCUUCCACCGGCUCCAUGCAGUUCCCCUACAACCCGCUGACCAUGCGCAUGCUGAGCAGCACGCCGCCCUCCUCCAUGCCCUGCGCCUCGCCCUCCCUGCAGGCCCAGCAGGGCGGCGCCGUUCCCCAGGCCCGCGUGUGGGAGCGCGAGCCCCUGCUGUCCGAGCAGUACGAGACCCUGUCGGACAGCGACGACUGAGCCACCUCGGCCCGGGGGGGGAGGAGGAGGCGCCUCGGCCCCCGGGUCCCGCCCCUAGCCCCGCCCCCCACUUCCCCGCCACCCUCA